AUGCGUCCCAAGAUUCUUCAUUCCAUAGUGCUCGGUUUUGCUGGCUUCCAGGCCGCAGACGCAAGUGUCUGUAAGCCUAGGUCUUUGUCAUCCGGGCUUCCAACCAUCGCAUCAACGACUUUGAUAGCAUUGGAAACAACAAGCUCUGGUUUCGCUUCAGAGUCUUCGGUGCUCAGCUCGACUAUUGCUUCAGCUUCUACUGAAGUUACAAUUGAAGUUGACACGACUACUACCGACGCAACCACUACCAAAGCCGAUACAACUACCAUUGAAGCAACAUCUAUCACUAUUGUAUCCGCUUCUACUGAAGUGACUUCCACAUCCGAUUUAGCCGUCACCACUCAAACAACAGCUUCCACCGAGAUUACAGCUUCCACCAAGGCUACAACUUCCGCCGAGACUACAAUCUCAUCCGGGACAAUUUUAAUUACCGACACUACCACAGCCCCAACAUCCAUCCAAACCACUACUACAACUGAGGCUACAUCAACCACCACCGCAGAGCCCCCUGCCAUUACCAACUUCCAACUUAGAGGCGCACGCGCCCCAGUCGAAGGGGUAUCUAUCUAUUCAAAUGGUGUCGGGGGAAAUUACCUACUUUUCUCUGGAGGCUAUCCAGGCUACACUCUUGCUACCUUCAGUGUCGAAGCAAUUAGUGGCCGUCUUUUGAUCGAGAACUCACUAGCCGUCUGUGCAUUUUUCCAACCCAACCAAGACAUUGCCACACUGUCCAUAUGUAGAGACACCCCCGAGUCUCAAGCAGUUCCCAUUUCUUGUACACCUCCUGUUAAAGAUGGAGAUGUCUUGAGCUGUAGUGUGCCAGCCCAGACUUGUGUUGAAACCCAAAUUUCGUUUUUCGAAACCACUGUUACAUGUGCACCCACUGGCGAGAUGCUUAUGGACACAUCUACAGACUUCAAUUAUAAUGUUAACAAAAAUAUUCCGGUGAUAGGACAGAUAGCCAAUGGAGUGAACUUUAUGGUUCAUGCGGUCUAG